UUUUUUUUCAUUUUCUUAUAGAGGAUAUGGAGAGAUUAGAUGGUGCAAGAAGAAUCCAAAGAUGGACACUCUCUAUAAAAUCUGUCCUUAGUUCAAUCUAUGGUGUGAUGUUCAUGAGAUCAAGAAAAGUUCCAAGCUGGGAGAAUAUGGAUAGCGAUAUUUUAGCCAAGAUUUUCGAGAAGCUCAAUGUAGUGGAUAUUACCGUCGGAGCAUCACGCGUCUGUGUCACUUGGUUCCUUGCCGCUCACCAAAAAUCUCUAUCGAAAACAAUCAACCUCGCCAAUCCCAAACUCGUCGAGUUCAAGCAUCCUCGAGUAAAAAACUUGCGGCUCAAAUCCCAAUAUGUAAACGUAGAAGAAGAAGGUCUACACAAUAUGAGGAAAAUUUUGAUUAGAGUUACCAAAUUCAGUGGUACAGUUCCGACAAAUUUGUUCUUCAACUUCUAUUCCUUUGUAGAAGAUGAGGAUCCCAUCAUUGCUUCUGAGAGGAUGCCAAACAUCAGAAAACUUGUCUUACCUCAGUGGUGCAAUUUACGUGAGAGUUCAUAUAAAUUUGCAUUCAGUCAAUGGAAGAACCUUCACACAUUAAUCAUCUCUACACACUUCUACAGCAAGGGGAUAGUCGAGUUUCGAUUCAUCGGAGAAAACUGUACAAACCUCACCAACCUAAAACUGUCGGGUCACGUCGACCCAUAUAUAGCUGAGGGAAUUGUGUGUUACCUCCCAAAGCUCAAGAGAGUGAGUAUGAGAUGUUGUGUCAUCGACUCUACUCAAGAAGUUUCCUUACUCAUCACAUACCUUCAAAACCUAACGAUCCUCAACCUCUCGCAUUGUAUGUUCAAAACCUCAUUGAAGGAUUCGUUAUUUGAGGAGAGUUUCAUAAAAACCGCCACUCCGAAGAUUGACACAUUAAUCAUGUGUUCGGAAGUCGGCUGUAGGUUAUGCGAAGAUCGGUCUCGCAUAUUAGGUUCAAAUGCUUAUUACGAGAAGCAUUGGCGUAAUGAUGAGAUCAAAGAACUUGGUUUCUGAGAUUUUGAAAAGCCUUAGCUCAUGUUUUCCCAAAACCAAAA